CCCCUUCAUACACUUGACUCGAAAUAUAAAGUUUUGUUGCGCGUCUCGUCUGUCUGUGCUGAUUUAGAUCGAUGUUGACAGUUCCUUUCCAGCCUGUUUCAACGCAGUCCCGUCCACAAUCCACAGCCUCCCACGUCGAGAAAACCCAUUCGCCGUCUGCCGUUGAUCACAGCUACACGUUGGUCCGUUGCCACAUUCGAUUGAGAAGAUGGAGGAUAUCAUUUCGAGUGGCCCUCCUUGUCAUUCGGACCAGAAGGGCUAUAAACUUCAACGUAUUUCAAAGGACGUUAUCCCAUCCUGGGGCAGGCGGAGCCAUGUCCCUCGAUUUCGGGGUGCACUGUCUCUUGCGAUAAUGCUGGCAUGCCCUGCUGCCAUUAUCUUCUGGUAUGUGACGCUACACCAUUUUGAUGGCUCAUUAUUGUCAGCCUCCGUGGCGCUCAGGAACAAGGGGUUCAUUUCCUUUUAUCGCGAAUACUGCCCCGUCCUUAAUCCGAGAGCCACUCUUGUCUACGGAGCUUGGGUUCUUUUUCAAGCGCUGCUGUACAGUUUUCUCCCAGGGUCUACGUAUGAAGGACAGCCCACCCCUGCUGGAAAUGUCCUCAAGUACAAAAUCAACGGAUUGUUGGCUGUCGUUGUCACUGUGCUCCUGUUUGGCGCGAUAAGUCUGCGGGGUGGUAUUCUUGCUUCAUCAUUUGUCGCCACAAAUUGGGGUGCAUUUCUGGCCACAUUCAAUAUUUACGGCUUGUUUCUCACUCUAGCUUUCUACCUUAAAGCCCACAUUUCGCCAUCACAUCCAGAAGACAGAAAGUUCAGCGGGUCUCCCAUCUACGACUUGUAUAUGGGAAUCGAGCUCAACCCGCGGUUGGGCCAAUCAUGGGACAUGAAACUUUUCCACAAUGGUCGUCCUGGUAUUAUUGGUUGGAUAUUAAUGUACCUCAAAACCCUCGAUAUGGCUCAUGACCAUGUCGGAUUUUAUUUAGCUUGGGGCUCGGCAGCCUGGCUUCCCACCAUCUACACCUUGCAGCCCCAAUUUCUAGCAAUUCACCCAGUCUCUCUCUCUCCUAUUGCUGCAGCUACGAUUUUGACCACUGGGCUUGGUGGAUAUGCUCUGUUCCGGUCCGCAAAUGACCAGAAAUACCUCGUGCGUGAAACCCAGGGCAAAUGUUUAAUAUGGGGGAGGGCGCCAAAGUAUAUCCAAUGCAAGUAUAAGACCACAGAUGGAUCGACGCACAAAUCCAUUAUUCUAUGUUCCGGAUGGUGGGGAGUUGUCCGUCAUGCGAACUACUUGGGUGAUCUCAUCUUAUCCUACGCAAUGUGUGCUACCUGCGGGUUCACUCACUUGCUCCCGUGGACAUACGCCAUAUUCAUGACAACGAUACUCGUCCACCGGUGCUAUCGAGAUGAGCAGCGAUGCGCCAGGAAAUACGGGAAGACCUGGGAGGAAUACUGUGAGAAAGUCCGAUGGAGAAUCAUUCCUGGCAUCUUCUAGGUGCUAUCUGGUAUGCGAGAUUGGAUUUAUUCUAUUAGAUCAGGACCUAUUGUGUUUUUAUAACAACUCCCAAAGGAUUGUUGUUAUGCGAAAAGGGUGGAGUCCGCGAUCCGGACAUGAGCGAGACAAGGUGUGGGAAUGAAAUUAAUAAAUUAUGGACGAGUUGCCUCGAUAUCGAUAAUUAAGUUAGAUAUUCGAAGCCGUUAUUAUUAUCAUUAACGCGGGAAACUGGAUAGAAAUCUAGAAACCAAAAAUCAAACUGCCGAUUCCGGCAUGGCGACUGAAUAUACAUAUGCAAUUGG